CAAUGAAAAACGCUAUAAUAUACAGGGAGUGGGUACCAUUAAUCAAGAAGAAGAAGAAGAAGACGAAUACACCCAUUCUCCACCAUUAUACGCACAUAACCAAAACAUUUCCAACCAACUACAAUGGAGCUUGCGUGAGUUUGAGCAAUACGGCACAUGUAAUAGAUUUUUCGUACUCGACUGGUAAGUCGACCAAAAACAUUCUUUCUGGAGAAAGAAACGUUGUUUUUGAAAAAUAAAGCAACUUUUUGUUGUAUCUCAGGUAAAAAAACUGAACAUAUUUAAAAAAAAUCUAGGAGAACCUGAUCCCGAUUGUGAUUUACAUUGCAUAAUUUUUAUAUAUUGUUGCAUUAUUUAAUCACACUAUAUCACAUCAAGGAACAUAGAACCUAAAAGUUCUGAAGAAGGAUAAUUAAUAUUGACAGUAUUUGCAAGAGUAUUUAUUCAGUACAAUGGAUUACCAUAAAUAUUAUAAAAUAGAAGAAGAUGGAAACUAUAGUAUACAUUUUAUGAACAAGGACAAACUCACUUUACCUGAAAUAAGGAAGAUAUUUUCUUCUUAUGGGAAUGUUUUACAUACACAUGCUAACAGAGAAGAAGGUGGAUUCAUUUUUAUUAAGUAUAAAACUUUGAAGGAAACAUUGUGCUGUUUAAAGGACUUACAUGAUGGUAAUAAAAUAAAGAUAUUGCCAGAAAAGAGUAAAAUGAAUAAGACUAAAAAGAUGGAUAAGAGAGAUUUGAAUCAGCAGCAGACAGCAAGAAUGGGAAAUUCGUUAAAGAAAAUAUCAUGCUUCAGUCAUGGUGAAAACUUUUCAAAUAGAGAAAGUUCAACUUGUAUGAGAAGUUCUAAUGAGAAUAAUAAAUCAGAUGAUUUUUCAGAAAAUUUUGUGUAUAAUCAUAAACCUAAUCAAAAUGAAAUUAAAGACCAUGAAGACCAACUAGAUUUAGCAAAAUUUGAUAGGAGAUCUUCAAGACAAACUUUCAAAGAGAAUGAAUAUUCUGAUGCUACAAUGGAUUAUGAAAAAUAUUAUCGGGUAACGAAAGAAGGAGCUUAUUCUAUACACUUUCCAAAUAGGAAAGGACUUACUUCAGAAGAAUUAAAUAAUUUAUUUUCAUCUUAUGGAAAUGUUUUAUCCAUAUAUACAAAUAACAGUGGACUGGUAUUUGUAAAAUAUGAAACACAGGAAACAGUAAUAAAAUGUUUAAAAGAUUUACAAAAUAGUAAUGUAAUAACUAUAUUACCACAAAAAGAUAAAAUUGCAAAUGAAACAAAGACAACUGAUCAAAAAAACGACGAUCAACGACAAGCAGGAAAGGGGGAAGAUAUUUCACGGAGGAUGCUCAAUAAUGACAAACAAUUUAAUUCAAACUUCACUAAUAAUGAAAAAUUCUCAGAAAAUCGAAAGAAGCAUGUUUACAAUGUGGAAACUUCUGAUUGGAAUAAAUUUGAAGAUACUGAUAUUUCAAGCACUGCUUCUUGCAUUUCAAAACAGAGUUGUAAAUCUAUUGAAACUGAAAUUAAACAGAAAAAUACAGAUCCAUGGAUAUCUAAUGAGAAAUUUUCAAGACAACAAGAUUUCAUGGACAAAAAUGAUCAAGAAAAGAAGUUGAUGAGAAAACAACUGGAAUGUAAAUUUUAUUCUUCAAGAAACACUGAGACAGAUACCAAAAUGAAUAGAGAUGUGCCAGUCAGCACAUGUGAUUACAAAGUAACAACGUUAGUUUCUGACACAGAAGUAAAACGAAAAGAAUACAUUGAAAAAAUUAAAUCUGAUAGGUCGGCGUUACUAGUUUUAUUGUCAAAAGCAGUUACGGAUUUUUCUGAAUUUGAGUUUAUUCCAAUGCAAGAAUUAAUUGUUGCCAACAUUCAUAUAAGUUAUGGCAUGUAUUAUAUUUUACAUUUGCUUCAGAAAUACAAUCCGAUUUCAGCGACGUGUGUAAAGAUUACUGAAAAAACUUGGACACGAUACUGUCAUGUAUACUUUAAGACUGCACAAGAUGCGGAAGCCGCAGAAGAAGAAUUUGAUAAUUUUUAUUUAUCUAGUAAAAAACUUAUUGUUUUACGAAAAUCACGAUUGAUGGAACUCUGUAAAUAAUUUUUUUUUUUAUUAAUGUAUAACAAACUUUUUACAAAAAUUUUCUUUUUUUACCAUUAAUAUAAUAGCUUUUUGCUUAAUCAUAUUAAAAUAUUUUUCAAUGUAAUAUGUAUAAGCAAUCUUAUGAAGUAUAAUAAAAUAUAUUUACUCAUUAAAUAAAUAUAGACUGUAAGAAUGAUAUUAAAAGUUGAUUUUCAUAGGACGACAUAUACUUUAAUAAAAAGAUGCAAAUGUAUGCA